GGGGGAGUUUUCCAUCACCUCUGGGGCAGUGAGGCUCAGGAAAGAGGUGGAGUCGCCACGUGAAGGUACCUUUGUAGGGAGCUGAAGGACUUUUGUGUCAUCAUCUGUUCUGCCUGUACGCCUGCAGUCAUCUGGCAAGAUGGUAUUUCAGAAACCACCAGAUGGAGGCUGGGGCUGGGUCAUUGUUGUCGUUUCCUUCUUUACUCAGUUCUUGUGUUACGGAUCACCGCUGGCGGUGGGAGUCUUGUACGUAGAAUGGCUGGAUGCUUUUGGAGAAGGGAAAGGCAAGACUGCUUGGGUUGGAUCACUAGCAAAUGGAAUUGGAUUGCUUGCCAGUCCUGUCUGCAGUAUAUGCGUAUCAUCUUUUGGAGCAAGACCAGUAGCAAUUUUCAGUGGCUUUAUGGUGGCUGGGGGCCUCAUGAUGAGCAGUUUUGCACCUAACAUAUACUUUCUAUAUAUUUCAUAUGGGAUUGUUGUUGGGCUUGGAUGUGGCCUUUUGUAUACCGCAACGGUUACCAUCACUUGCCACUAUUUUGACAAACGCAGAGGCCUUGCACUUGGUCUGAUUUCAACAGGCUCAAGCGUUGGACUCUUUAUAUAUGCAGCAUUGCAAAGAGAGCUUAUUGAUCUAUAUGGACUGGAUGGUUGUUUGCUAAUAGUUGGAGCACUGUCUCUAAAUAUAUUAGCAUGUGGCAGCCUAAUGAGACCAUUGGAGUCAUCUGAUUCCCUUCCACCAGAAAAAACAUGUGUAGACAAAGUCCCAGAUCAAUAUUUUGUUUACCAUGAAAAAGGAAAGACUAUUGAAGAAAAUAUAAGCAUCCUUGAGAAGGGCUACGCUGAUGAAAAAGGUGUGAACAAUAUGCCUGAUUACAAACAGGAUAGCUUUUUGAAUAAGAAUGUAUUAAACUCAAUAAACAUAAAUGAGAAAGACACUUAUAAAAAGAUAGUUGUAGAGCAGACAAACUUCUGCAAGCAACUUGCCAAAAGGAAGUGGCAGCUCUAUUUGAACUACUGGGAGGAAACCGUGGUUCUUUUUAAGAACAAAGUGUUUUCAGCUCUCUUUGUUGCCAUCUUGCUCUUUGAUAUUGGUGGAUUUCCUCCUUUUCUGCUCAUGGAAGAUGUGGCAAGAAGUGCAAACGUUAAUGAAGAUGACUAUCGUGUGCCCCUUAUUUCCAUUAUAGGCAUUAUGACUGCUGUUGGCAAACUUAUUUUAGGAAUACUGGCAGAUUUUAAGUGGGUUAACACUUUAUAUCUAUACGUAAUUACCUUACUAAUGAUGGGAGUGGCCUUGUUUGCAAUUCCAUUUGCCAAAAGUUACCUUACAUUAGCGAUGCUUUCUGGGAUUUUGGGUUUUCUGACUGGGAACUGGUCAAUUUUUCCAUAUGUAACAACAAAGACUGUGGGAAUUGAGAAACUGACUCACGCCUAUGGGAUAUUGAUGUUCUUUGCUGGACUUGGAAAUAGCCUCGGACCGCCAAUUAUAG